UCUCCAUGUUGGUCAGGCUGGUCUCAAACUCCCGACCUCAGGUGGUCUGCCUGCCUCGGCCUCCCAAAGUGGUGGGAUUACAGGAGUGAGCCACUGCGCCCAGCCUCCUUUUCUUUUCCCCCCUUUUUUUGAGACAGGGUCUUACUCUGUCACCCAAGCUGGAGUGCAGUGGAGGGAUUAUAGCUCACUCAGCCUCGACCUCCUGGGUUUAAGUGAUCCCUCUGCCUCAGCCUCCCGAGUAGGUGGGACUACAGGCGAGGGCCCCCAGGCCCAGCUAAUUUUUUUCCCCCCAAAUUUUUAGGAGAAAGGAGGUCUCUAUGCUGCCCAGGCUGGUCUUGAACUCCUGGCCUGAAGUGAUCCUCCUGCUUGGACUCCUAAAGUGCGUGAUUACAGGUGUGAGCCACCACACCUAAACACUGCAUUUUCAACCCGCUCUUCGUUGAAUCUUCAAAGGCUGCAGCCACAGGUCCUCACGGAAAACCAAGAGCUCCAAGACCGCCGCACACUCAACAUCCAACUCGUCGCGGGGCCGCGGGGACAGCCACGGAAGCCAAUCGGCUCCUGCUACAUCACAGACCCCGCCCUCAAACCUUGAGGCGCCCGCCCCCACGCACUGCUGACCCGGAGCCAAAAGAGCUGCGUGGCGUCCGAUUCUGGCGUCACUUCCCCUCCCGCGAUGGCGGCACAGGGAGCUGCUGCGGCGGUUGCAGCGGCGACUUCAGGGGUCGCGGGGGAGGGCGAGCCCGGGCCCGGGGAGAAUGCGGCCGCUGAGGGGACCGCCCCAUCCCCGGGCCGCGUCUCUCCGCCGACCCCGGCGCGCGGCGAGCCGGAAGUCACGGUGGAGAUCGGAGAAACGUACCUGUGCCGGCGGCCGGAUAGCACCUGGCAUUCUGCUGAAGUGAUCCAGUCUCGAGUGAACGACCAGGAGGGCCGAGAGGAAUUCUAUGUACACUAUGUGGGCUUUAACCGGCGGCUGGACGAGUGGGUAGACAAGAACCGGCUGGCGCUGACCAAGACAGUGAAGGAUGCUGUGCAGAAGAACUCAGAGAAGUACCUGAGCGAGCUCGCAGAGCAGCCUGAGCGCAAGAUCACUCGCAACCAAAAGCGCAAGCAUGAUGAGAUCAACCAUGUGCAGAAGACUUAUGCAGAGAUGGACCCCACCACAGCGGCCUUGGAGAAGGAGCAUGAGGCGAUCACCAAGGUGAAGUAUGUGGACAAGAUCCACAUCGGGAACUAUGAAAUUGAUGCCUGGUAUUUCUCACCAUUCCCCGAAGACUAUGGGAAACAGCCCAAGCUCUGGCUCUGCGAGUACUGCCUCAAGUACAUGAAAUAUGAGAAGAGCUACCGCUUCCACUUGGGUCAGUGCCAGUGGCGGCAGCCCCCCGGGAAAGAGAUCUACCGCAAGAGCAACAUCUCCGUGUACGAAGUUGACGGCAAAGACCAUAAGAUUUACUGUCAGAACCUGUGUCUGCUGGCCAAGCUUUUCCUGGACCAUAAGACACUGUACUUUGACGUGGAGCCCUUCGUCUUUUACAUCCUGACCGAGGUGGACCGGCAGGGGGCCCACAUUGUCGGCUACUUCUCCAAGGAGAAGGAGUCCCCGGAUGGAAACAAUGUGGCCUGCAUCCUGACCUUGCCCCCCUACCAACGCCGCGGCUACGGGAAGUUCCUCAUCGCUUUCAGUUAUGAGCUCUCCAAGCUGGAGAGCACGGUCGGCUCCCCGGAGAAGCCACUUUCUGACCUGGGCAAGCUCAGCUACCGCAGCUACUGGUCCUGGGUGCUGCUGGAGAUCCUGCGGGACUUCCGGGGCACACUGUCCAUCAAGGACCUCAGCCAGAUGACCAGCAUCACCCAGAAUGACAUCAUCAGUACCCUGCAGUCCCUCAAUAUGGUCAAGUACUGGAAGGGCCAGCACGUGAUCUGUGUCACACCCAAGCUAGUGGAGGAGCACCUCAAAAGUGCCCAGUAUAAGAAACCACCCAUCACAGGUGGGUGGGGGGCUGCCAUGUGUCCGGGGCGGUGGGGGAGUGUCAGUAUAUGGAUUGGUAGGAGUCAAGGCCUCCUUAUUGCUGUCACAUGAUCCCAAACCAGUCAGACCAGCUCCCAGGUUGGAGCCCGGGGCAGGCCUCUCAUUCCUGGGCUUCCCUGCCCCUCCCCAGCAUAGCCUGCCCUUUUGUUCUCACCUGAAGGAGGUGAAACUGGCCUGAGCCCAGAGCAGGGCAGCCAGGUGUGAGCUGGCCUGGCCCAGGCCCAGCCCUGCCUCCCGCCCCUUCUCCCCACAGUGGACUCCGUCUGCCUCAAGUGGGCACCCCCCAAGCACAAGCAAGUCAAACUCUCCAAGAAGUGAGCGGCCUGGCCCCUGCUGUCGGACUCGAGCCUCCUGGCUCCCAGCCUGUAAAUAUGUAUAGACCUGUUUUGUCAUUUUUUAAAUAAAGUCAGUUCUGCUGGUG